GAGAUUGUCUGGAGGAUAACAGGCUGGCCCUGAAACAAACCCCCCCACAGACGGUCCCAGGAGUCUGAGCUGCAGACACACACACACACACACACACUUUGUGAAAGAGGCUCAUCUGCUGCACUGCUUCACUUCUGCUUCACACAGCCGCUCAACAGAAAGCUGUGAUGUUGAUCCUUCAGAAGAUGCCCCUCACAGCGGCCCUGUGCCUGAUGCUCCUUGCCACACUUCUACCCAGCUCUGAGGCCCGGCGUGGAGGCGGCGGCUUUGGCCGAGGUAGAGGAGGCUCCAGCCGGGGCUGGGGCGGUGGUGGUGGCCAGGCCUACAGACCCGUCCAGAGCGGUGGUCCCAGUGCAGGGAAAAUAGCAGGGGCGGCUGCAGUAGGCGCCAUUGGAGGAUCAAUGUUAGGAUCUGCUUUGAGCCGCCCUGGGUAUGGAGGAGGUUACGGAGGAUAUGGUGGAGGGUAUGGAGGAGGGUAUGGUGGAGGGUAUGGAGGGUACCCACGAUAUGGAGGUGGUGGCUAUGGCCGCAGGCCUGGCUCUGACCCUGAGGGCUCUGGAGAUAUGGAGUACUACGUUGGAGCAUCUAGUGGCCCCAUCUACAACAGCAUCAUCGUUGUGAUUGGCUCCCUGAUGUCCCUGCUGAUUGGCCACUGGGUGGCAGUCAUGUAGAGAUGGAGACAGCAGGUUUCACAAAACAGACAAGGAACCCCUAACCAAAAAUACCCCAUGACCUGACGGUGAAGACGACUGUUCCUGGUUUCAAAUUAAAUAUGACCCUUGAUUUACGAGAAUCUGUGGCCAGUUGGUUUUAGUGAGUCGUCGGUGACCCUCCACACAGACAAGAAGAGGAGCUCCACUCAUUUCACCUCAGCAACAUGUCGCUGGGACACCAAGCUCCCGUCUGCAGCAGCACUGGUGAACUCAGAAACCACUUCCUGUAGAUAUUUGUCAGAGUUGUGAGGUAAUUUAACUCAAUGAAUAACUAUCUGCAUUAUAUCCCACACUCUUGUUUCUCCUUUUAAUGUGUCCAGUGUUUUUAUACUUUUGAUGAUUGCAGUUAUGAUGAUUUUAGUGAUGGUGACUCUGUGUAUUCUGGCAAACACAUUGUCCAUAAACAAACUGUGAAACAAGAAUAGAUUAGUUGUGUAAUCUGAUUAAAUCUACCUCAGGGACCAGAGUUUAAGAGCAGCUGUAAACUUCAUUUGAUAACCACCAUCUCUCAGUCUAUUCCAUAAUAACAGAAUAAUUGUUUUCUCCUGAUUCACAGUCUACUCUGCAUAUGUUACAUUUUCAGCUUAUUAUUUGUAUAUUUACAGUAUAUUUGACCUAAUUAAAUACAUGUUUUAUGCCAUUUUGUAGAUUAUUAUGUAAAAAAGCAAAAUGCCCCAUGUUUAAUUGUUUUAAAAGUAAAAAAUAACUUAGAACAAA